CCCCUAUGCUGCACUCAAGUAUUCAUUCUUUUAGUCCUGCAGCUGCACAGAGGGAGAGUCUGCAGCUAAAACUGAGCCACAAUAACUUUAAACCUCUGACUUCAUCUCAAGUGUCUCUCAGUGACUCUCAGCCUGCUCUCCCUCCGCGGCCUCCACCUUUGUGCUGACCAACUUGUGCACUCAGACAACCAAGAACCAUGGCCCAGCAACAGCGGAUCAGCCUCCCAGCCAAACUGAUCAAUGGAGGGAUUGCAGGGAUGGUAGGAGUCACCUGUGUGUUUCCAAUUGACCUGGCCAAGACCCGCCUGCAGAACCAACGCAGCGGGCAGCAACUUUACAAGAACAUGAUGGAUUGCCUAAUAAAGACAGUAAAAUCUGAAGGCUACUUUGGCAUGUACAGAGGUGCUGCUGUAAAUCUCACCCUGGUGACCCCAGAAAAGGCCAUCAAGCUAGCUGCUAAUGACUUCUUCCGCCAACAGUUGAGCAAAGAUAGUGGCAAGUUGACGGUGCUCAAAGAGAUGCUGGCAGGAUGCUGUGCAGGAAUGUGCCAGGUCACUAUCACCACACCCAUGGAGAUGCUCAAGAUCCAGCUGCAGGAUGCUGGCAGGCUAGCUGCCCAGCAGAGGGUGGUGCCCAGUGUCGUCACAACUCUGAAGAUGGGGGGAACCAGUGCGGUCAUUAGCCGUUCUUACAACACCAGGCCUGCACCUCAAGUCAUGCGCGUGUCCGCCACACAGAUCACCAGAGAGCUGCUGAGGACCAAAGGUGUCACAGGGCUGUACAAGGGGUUAGGGGCCACGCUGAUGAGGGACAUCCCCUUCUCCGUUGUGUACUUCCCUCUUUUCGCACAUCUGCACCAGCUCGGCCAGCAUUCACAAGAAGACCCGUCCGUGCCCUUCUAUUGGUCCUUCAUGUCAGGCUGUUCGGCUGGAUGCGUUGCGGCAGUGGUCGUCAGCCCUUGUGACGUGGUUAAGACAAGGCUACAAUCCAUCAAAAAAGGAGCUAAUGAGGAAACCUACAACGGAGUGGUGGACUGUGUCAGAAAGAUCCUGACAAAGGAGGGUCCCGGAGCAUUCCUGAAGGGGGCCACCUGCCGGGCUCUGGUUAUCGCUCCGCUCUUCGGCAUUGCCCAGGUUGUGUACUUUGUUGGAGUGGGAGAGUUCCUGCUGGGGUACACCCCCUACACAAUCUGCUCUGCAUAAACAACAAGCUGUUUCUUGGUCUUUCUGCCGCCUCAUUAAAUAACAGGCAGCUAUGGACCCAGCUCUCGAUUACUGUGUACCUCUUUAUUGUUGGAGGUUUUCAGAGUCAAAACAAAACGCUAAAGGGGCCAGAGAGACGCCCUUUUAUCUCAAAAUGGCUUCAGAUUAUGCCUUUAGCACGGCUAUCUGUUAUUGAGGAAACAGAGUUGGAAACGUACCAGUCUAUAUGGGUUCAGUGGAGCCUAAGUCUUCUCUCACUGAGGGACUCGAUGGUCCAACGUUGAUCACCAGUUCACCCAUAUCAGACUUGACUUGGCUGCGUUGGCACCAAACCCCUUACCCCCAUUUUCCUUAUAUUUGCGCCCCUUCUCCCAAAUAAAACCUGUAUCACUUUAAACCUUCACAGUAACCCUAACCUGCAUCUCCCUGCCUCAUCUUGGUUCUCCCUCUGUGACGGCUGUUGAAAUAACAUCAGCAGAAUAUUGAAACUUAGUUUGAAUGGAGUCCUGUUUUAAAGGGUUACGAGUGAAACAGGCCAUGGAGGCUGAUUCUGGUCUGUGUAUAUAGUGUAUUUGGUAGCAGAUAUAGAUAUCAUGUAGAUAUCAUAUAUAAAUAACUUAUUUAACAAAUUGAUUGCCCCAUGCUGUCGUCAUAACAACCUGGCUGGGAAAAGACCCGAUGGCUUAUAAACGAAACACUUGUUCUCCAAUCAGGGAUUUUCUCUGCCUCCAAAUAAUUGACCCACUUUCAUUGGGCUCUGUGAAUAUUUCUGUGGCAGCCAACACAUCUCUGAUUACAUAACGUGUAAGUUUGAAACUCUGCAGCCAAAUGGCUCAGCGAGGCCUUCUGCAGUGGACUAAUAGGAGAGCAGCUUUUGUUUUGUGGUGAAGGCGAUGUUGUUUGAUUGGUGGUGAACCAGGGCGAUGAUGGACAAGACUUUAUCGACGGGAACUGCAGUGCUUUCGGGACCAAGUCGUCUGGAAACAAAGCGCCACAUGACCUACACUUAGUCACUUUCUCUUAAAUUGACUGCGGUUGUCUGACACCGGUCGGGUUUUUCUUGUCAGUUAGAGACUGAGGUGCUCACAUGGACGCACAACGUCAGGCUCUUAGAAGCAGGGCGCUGUGAAACGUUGGGCUGGGCUCUUUCUCGGGUCAAAGUAUUGUUUUACAAUUUUACAGAUAUAAAAUAUCAGAUGUAAAUAAACCUUCUCAAACUGUGUAAGUUGAAUUCAAAUGAAAAGUUUCACCAUUUAAACAUGUUGUUGAAACGUGUUUCAACUACUUUAGAAGGUGAUUAUUUAUUUUCCAUUUCAUUUCAGACUUAUACAUGUAAAUACAGAUUUCUAAAGACUGAAUAAAUAUGUAAAAAUA